AGUGUAAAAUAAAAAAAAUACAAAAUCCGACCGUUACAAAACCCUAACAUUUAUAUGUUUCUAGAGGAGCACUGCAAAUCAAAGCCAAAGCUGAAACUUUCUUUUAUUAAUUCAAUUGAUAAAUUUUCAAGAAAUCAACCAAUGGGAGGAGAGCAAUUUGAGCAAAAGGAAGAAACCCAAGGAUCACCGGAACUGUUGCAGAGCCUCAGAUCCAAAGCAACGGAGCUUCUUCUCCGGGAAGAAUGGGAAGAAUCUAUCCAGCUUUACACCAAGUUCAUCGAUCUCUCCCGAAUCCAAAUCACAAACCUUGCUGGAUCCGACCCGGAUUCGAUCCAUAAGCUCAAGAAAUCCCUCUGCUUGGCUCUAUGCAACCGAGCCGAAGCCAGAGCAAGGCUUCACGACUCCUCCGAGGCGAUGCGGGAUUGUGAACAAGCACUCGAGAUCGAAAACACCCAUUUCAAGACUCUUCUCUGUAAAGGUAAAGUCUUGCUGGGAUUGAGCAAAUACUCAUCGGCCUUGGAGUGUUUCAAAACGGCUCUGCUCGACCCUCAAGCGAGCGAGAGUGUUACUGAGUACAUGGAGAAGUGUAAGAAGCUCGAGUUUCAGGGAAAGACUGGAGCUUUCGAUCUGUCUGAUUGGAUCCUAAGUGGGUUUCGUGGGAUAACUCCGGAGCUUGCUGAGUUCAUUGGGUCGGUAGAGAUUAAGAAGUCUGAGGCUAGUGGGCGUGGGUUGUUUGCAACGAAGAACAUCGUUGUAGGAGCUUUGGUCUUAGUCACGAAGGGUGUUGCAACUGAGAGAGGAAUCUUAGGAAGUGAGGAGUCCGGUGAAAAAGCGCAGAUGAUUAUGUGGAAGAACUUCGUGGAAGAAGUUACUAAAUCUGUGAGGAGAUGUGACAGAACACGGCGACUUGUCUCGAGUUUAUCCACUGGAGAAGAGGAAGAGAAGCUGGAGAUUCCAGACAUAUCUCUCUUUAGGCCUGAACAAGCAUUUGAGACCUGUGGUGAGGAUUUGGAUAUGGAGAAGCUGCUAAGCAUCUUGGAUGUGAAUUCUCUGGUGGAAGAUGCGGUUUCAGCUAAAGUUUUAGGGAAGAACAAAGAGUAUUACGGCGUAGGGCUAUGGACUCUAGCUUCGUUCAUGAACCACUCGUGUCUCCCAAACGCUAGACGGGUUCACGUUGGAGACUACGCGGUUGUUCAUGCGUCAAGAGAUAUCAAGGCUGGGGAAGAGAUUACGUUUGCUUACUUCGACGUGCUUUCUUCUCCGCUGGAGAAGCGGAAAGAGAUGGCUGAGUCAUGGGGGUUUUCUUGCGGAUGCAAUAGAUGCAAGUUUGAGAGUUUAUUGUCUGUUGCCAACCAAGAGAUUAGAGAGUUCGAGAUGGGUUUAGAGAGAGGCGUAGACGCGGGAAACGCGGUUUAUACGGUGGAGGAAGGGAUGAAGAGAUGGAAGGUGAAAGGGAAGGAUAAAGGGUUGCUGAGAGCAUCUUACUGGGGAGUUUAUGAAGAGGUUUAUAACUCAGAGAGGCUUAUGAGGAGAUGGGGAAGGAAGGUUCCAACUAUGGAAGUUGUGGUGGACAGUGUUUCUGAUGUCAUUGGAAGUGAUGAGAGGUUGUUGAAGAUGUUGGUGGAAGGGAUGAAGCAGAAGAAGAAUGGAGGUUGUAGUGGUAACAUUGCAGAGAUGGAGAGAAUCAUGAAGCUAGGAAAGGGUGUUUAUGGCAAAGUUGUAUCCAAAAAGAAGGCACUGAAGACUCUUCUUGGCCUAGAGUGACAACUGCAAAAACAAAUCUUUUGUAACUGUAGAAGCUAAUUGUUUGUAAGGAUACUUUUGCUUUCAUGUAAUUCCUUGCCUCAUGGAAGAAAAAAAUCACAUCCAAUGACAUUA